AUGGAAAUUAAUUCUACCAAAAAACUUACUUUUCAAGAUACCGAGUUGCCAUUGUUGCCCACACAUCUUCCUUACAUAUGCUUACCACCAUCUAUAUUAGAGUCCAAAUGUAAGAUCAUUUACAUAUGUAGAAAACCUAAAGACACCUUUGUUUCAACAUGGCAUUACAAACAAAGGCUUAAAGAAAACAUUUCUGAAAUUAGAAACAAUUCCACUACACUGGAACAAGAAUUCAAGUGGUUUCUUGAAGAUAAAUUAGCUUAUGGACCUUACUGGGACCAUGUCUAUGAAUUCUGGAAAGCAAGCAGAGAUACACCAGAAAAAGUGAUGUUCAUACAAUACGAAGAUUUGAAAAGGGACACGUUGUGGUAUUUGAAGAAGUUGGCAGAGUUUAUCGGGAAACCCUUCUCUGAGGAGGAAGAAAAGCAAUGUGUAGCUAGCUGA